GAGAAAAUAACCAAAAAUCAAGAAGAGAGAUAGAGAGAGAGCGCAAGCGAUAUAUAAAAAGAUCCAGAAAGAGAGUAACUUAAAGAUUAUCCUUACAAGGUAUUUUCAGAAAGAAGAAAGGCAUCGAAAAAAGAAGGGGUGAAAGUUGGUAGGAUGCGUGUACUUGGGUGCGGCGUCUCGUCACCACCCGGCAAACGACAGUUUAGCAGUGUCAACAGCAUCCGUAAUAUCAUCGCCAACAGCAAACACGUCUGCGACGAGAACGACAGUCCUGCGGAAACGUUUCUCGAGAGCGCGGGAGAUAGUGACCGAAUCGUCAAAGACAGCGGAUUCUUGCGGAGCUUGAGAAUUCAGUACGACUGCAUUACCACCAUCUCCACCACCACCACCACCACCACUGUAUCAUCCGGAACUUCCUCGAAAUCUCGCGAGAGAAGAAAGUUUCUUCCAUCCACGUGCCUCAUCUUUGACAACUCGCGACAGCAAUCGUACAAUUAUAGAUUGAGAAGAGCACGAUCCCUGUCAUUCGGACGAUAACGGAUUUUGGAAAGCAGAGGAAUUUAGAUUUUAUGCUCGUUGUCCAAAUUAAUUGUAAGCUUCUUUUCCUCCUCAUGAUAACCAUCUUUGAAUUUGGGCGUUAAAACGCGAAGUCAAACAUCAGCGGCAAAGUUGAAUCCAUUCCAGCCUGAAGAGUUCAGACAACGUUCAGAUUACUCAUGUUCAUCCCGGACACUCUGAGAAGCUGCAUGGUGGAACCGGAUAUUUCGACUUAUCUACAAGCUCCUUCCGUCGGACAGGAUGAAUUCCAUCCAUUUAUCGAAGCUCUUCUACCAUUCGUGAAGUCUUUCUCGUAUACAUGGUUCAACUUACAAGCUGCCAAAAGGCGAUACUAUAAGAAACACGAAAAGCGAAUGAGUUUAGAAGAAGAACGUCAGUGUAAGGAGGAACUCCAGAACGAAAAGCUGGAAGUAAAACAGAAAUGGGCCUCGCGGCUUCUAGGAAAGUUACGAAAGGAUAUCACGCAAGAAUAUCGAGAGGACUUUGUAUUAAGUAUCACGGGAAAGAGGCCAGCAAUGUGCGUUUUAAGCAAUCCUGAUCAAAAGGGUAAAAUGCGUCGAAUCGAUUGUCUUCGUCAAGCGGACAAGGUAUGGAGGUUGGACCUAGUUAUGGUGAUUCUUUUCAAAGCAAUUCCGUUGGAAUCGACAGAUGGGGAACGGCUUGAGAAAACUGCGGAAUGUGCGCAGCCGGGACUUUGCGUCAAUCCUUAUCAUAUUAACGUUUCCGUCCGGGAACUAGAUCUCUAUCUCGCCAAUUUUAUCACGAGUCACGAAGUACUGAAUGGCAUCUGCAACACUAGUAAGGAGGAGGAUAGACGUCGAAAAGGUACAGGAUAUCAUGAACUAUAUAAUGGUGUCGUCUGCAAUGAUACGAUCCUUGCAACAGGUGUCUUCAGCUCCAAAGAGCUCUGGAUGCUUUCAAAAGCGUCCAUACUGCAUGACCUCAGCGACAUGCAGCCUCAAAUAAACGCGAUCAAAAUAGAGCACCCACCGUACUACUGCAGCAGCUAUACCCCACCAUCCGCAGCCACGACUGCGGAUCACGUUCAGCCGGCGGCUAGCUUCAGUCCACCACCGGUUCAUCAACUAAUAAGGAACGAUAAGACUGAGAAGCCGCCGUCGGUAACGGUUUCGAGUGCACCGACAUUUUCAUCGGUCCUUAGGCCGGAAGACGGACACCGUGGAAUAGAAUCCCCCCAUUCGCAAACCGGAUUGCAUUCGCCUCACGAAGGAUUAACUGGUGGCUCCGGUCAAAGCAUGCCUGGAAUCGCUUACUAUCAACCGGAACACCCCGGGUCUGCAGGGGUAGUAAAGUAUCCUGAGAACGGACACGACACUCUUUCGGAUUUUGUGACCUUUGUGUGCCAAGAAGCUGAGAAUACCCAGCAAUUAUCUCAGACGCAACUAACUGGAUCACGCACUGGUAUACAAAAGUUCCCACAAUAUUAUCCGAGUUCGAUGUUACCACCGCCGCCACCUGCUCCUAUGGCCAGACCAGUGGCAAUAAUAAGAUCGACAGGUGAGUUAGCAGCGACAACUGCUAACUCGCCACCAACAUCGUCACCUACGGAUCCAGGCGAGUUAGGGCCUAAUCAGGAACAGAUGACUACCGCAGCGGCAAUUGGACUCGUCGGUUCCGCUUGCCAGAAUUCUGUCGAAUCCGUCGGACGGAAAAGCCCCACCAGAAUUCUCGUUACACCGCAUACCACCAGCAGGGAAUACACAUUUGCUCAUUUUCAUUCGCAACCUGGUCAGCAAAUCUUCACAUAUCCGACCAUUAGCUCGAUGUCUGGAGUAAUUUCGCCGACUAACUUAUCUCUAUUUUCAUCUCCUGUCUCAGUAACGAGACCGGUAGCAACUCAAAGAUCGGUCACUAAUAUCCCACCACGUUGGAAUACUGCGCCAUUCAUCAAUUUGGAAGAUGAUUAUAACAUGAUUGCACCGAUCAUUGCUGGAACAAGCAGUGAGCCAUCAGCCACUAUAGAGGAAGAACGAUAUUUUCAUCCUGUGCAUACGAGUGGCGUGGUGGAUAAAAAUGGCAGUGGUAAUUUAAUAAGCAGUGAACUCGGAGUAAACACAGAUUCUACAUCACAUCAUCACCAACAGCAGCAGCAGCAGCAUUCGCAACAACAGCAGCAGCAGCAGCAAGUACAACAGCAGCAAUCAUCUUCGCAACAGCAACAACAGCAAGUAAUAGCAGAUAAAUGUAGCGGGCCCAAGUCUCCUCCGUGACAGUGGAGUCAAAGCAUGGAAAAUUUUGAAAAACUCACGAACUCGCCAUGUUUGUUAGAAUCGAUAAUUAGUAUUACAUAUAAUAAUUGCCGAAGUCACAUGCGAAGUCGAGUUCGAGAGCAAUUGUCAGGAAACUAUGUCUCGUAUUCAAUUAUGUAAUUUCAACUUGCGAAGAAUAAAAUGCUUAAUAAAGUUCGAUCAUAAUUUAUGUAUUAUAAAGUGAGAGAAUAAGAAUGCUUUUCAAGGAAUGCAACUAA